AUGCAGGGAUGGUAUAAACUCAAUACUGAUGGAUGUUGUCUGGGAAAUCCUGGCAUUUGUGGUGCAGGAGGUAAUAUUCGAAAUGAAAAGGGUGAUAUUGUUAUAGCCUUUACUGAGUAUCUUGGUGAGGGAACCAAUAAUGGUGCUGAACUAGUAUUAUUAUAUGGGCUCCGACGUACUAAAAGGAUGGGAAUUAACCGACUUGAAGUGGAGCUCGACUCAUUGAUUAUCGUUAAUUGGCUAAAGAGGAAGGUUUGUGGCAUUCGGUACUUAGAGGAUUAUUGGGAAGAAAUACAAUACCUAUUGUCUAUUAUCUCAUGUAGAGUUCAGCACAUACAUCGCGAGGGUAAUUCAGUAGCUGAUAUCCUGUCAAAACUGGGAGCAUCUAGUGUUUCAUAUAUCUGGAUGGAUUCUAUCGCAAUCCCAUCAUCAGUUAGAGGAGCUUUACGAAUGGAUAAACUAGAUAUUCCUAAUUUAAGAGGUUCUUCUCCCCACAGUCUGACUUUAAAUUUUCCAAUGCAAUUGAGUCAGGGUUUUUUUCUUGCUGCUGUCGGAGUGACGACGUCCCCACGGACGGGCCUUUCGGUAACGACGAGUACGAUGGGAGAGACGUCGACGGGACCUGUAGCACUAGCAAUCGUGUUUAAACAAGGACGAUCUUUCUUGGAGGUCGUAAGACACUCUGUGGAUGGGGAGAUUAUGGCGAGUCCGCCGCUACAGCUGAGGAGACCAGAGUUGAUUGAAGGAGAACUGGGGCUUUAUCUUCACGGAUGUAGAGGUUAA